AAACUUCCCCCUCAGCCACCCCGCCCUCGAGAGAGGCAGGCGCCCAGCUCCAACUUUGGACUGACUCCACUCUUUGAACUUGGCGCCUCCUGAGCUCCAAGAAGCGCCGGGACUUGGAGGCAGCAGGAGCAACAGGAGCAGCCCUCCGUGUCUGCCUUGAGCCUGAGACGGGAGACAACUUGUAGAACAACGGAAAGAGCCAGCCAAGAGGGAUGAAGGCUCCUUGGCAGCAGAAGCAGGAGGAGGCGCGCCUCUUCUCCCCGCCAGGGCUGGCCCGCCUGCUCCUCUCCCUCAGCUGUUGCUCCACGCCUGCCCAGGCUUACAACUUGGACACGCUGAGCCCGCUGGUCUUCCAAGGGCACAACGGGACUUUGUUUGGCUACUCGGUGCUCCUCCACAGCGUGGCCCACACGCCCUGGCUUGUUGUAGGAGCCCCUAAAGCUAACUGGCCUACAAACGCAUCAGUAGUGAAUCCAGGUGCAAUAUACAGGUGCCAAAUUGGGAAGAAUCCAGGGCGAUAUUGUGAAGCACUUCAAGUGGGCUACCCAGAAGGGCAGAAGUGUGGAAAAACCUGCUUAGAAGAAAGAGACAAUCAGUGGCUGGGGGUGAGCUUGUCAAGGCAGCCAGGAGAAGAUGGGUCUAUUGUUGCCUGUGGACAUCGAUGGAAAAAUGUAUUUUAUAUUUCAGAGCACAAACUUCCUAAUGGUGUUUGCUACGUGAUACCAGCCAAUUUCCGGACAUUGUUGAGUCAAAGAAUAUGUCCAUGCUAUAAAGAUUACGUGAGACGAUAUGGAGAAAAAUAUGGAUCAUGCCAAGCUGGAAUAUCAACAUUUUAUACAAAGGAUUUAAUUAUUAUGGGCGCUCCCGGAUCAGAUUAUUGGACUGGAUCUAUCUUUGUAUACAAUAAAACAGCAAAUAUCUAUCUUUCAUAUGUGGAUGAUAGUCAAGUAAAGUCUGGGAGUUAUCUGGGAUAUGCUGUUGGAGCUGGUCACUUCCUGUCUCCGAGUAGUACAGAAGUAAUUGGAGGUGCACCCCAGCAGGAGCAGACUGGUAAAGCAUACAUUUUUAAAAUUCAACCAAGACGACUCUCCAUUCUGACAGAAUUAAAGGGCAAAAAGCUUGGUUCUUACUUUGGCUCAACAGUCUGUGCUGUGGAUCUCAAUGGAGAUGGCCUCUCGGACUUACUUGUUGGUGCACCAACAUACAGCAAAGUCAGAGAAGAAGGAAGGGCUUACGUUUACAUUAAUUCCGGUGCUGGAGCAAAGAUGACAGAACUGGAGACAGCACUAGUUGGGAGCGAUUUGUAUGCGGCGCGGUUUGGAGAGUCCAUUGCCAAUUUAGGAGACAUAGAUAAUGAUGGCUUUGAAGAUGUAGCCAUUGGGGCUCCACAGGAGAAUGACUUAGAAGGGGCAAUUUACAUAUAUAAUGGCAGGAAAAAUGGAAUAUCACCAGUCUUUUCUCAGAGAAUACAAGGACAUCAAAUCAGCAAUUCUUUACGCAUGUUUGGACAAUCCAUUUCUGGAAAAAUUGAUGUGGACAGCAAUGGGUAUUCAGAUGUUGCAGUUGGUGCUUUUCUAUCAGAUUCUGCAGUGUUGCUGAGGACAAGAGCAGUAGUUAUUGUUGAAGCAUCAUUGCAGCACCCUGACUCUGUAAAUCGGACUAAGCUGGAUUGUGUUUUAAAUGGACAGCCAGCUGUAUGUGUGAAUCUGAAUCUUUGUUUUAACUAUAGUGGCCGAACCGUUCCAGGUUAUAUUGUAUUACUCUAUAAUCUCAGCCUGGAUGGAGGUAGAAGACCGGAUACAGCAGCAAGGUUCUACUUUUCCUCUAAUGGAACUUCGGAGACAACUUCUGGAAGCAUCAAGAUUUACAACAGUAACAACAUUACUUGUACAAUGCUCCAAGCAUUCAUGAGGAAAGAUGUCAGGGAUAUCCUGGCUCCUAUACAUGUUGAAGCUACCUAUCGCCUUGGGAGCCAUGUCUUAAAGGGGGAAAGUACAGAUGAACUCCCACCACUCCAACCAGUUCUUCAACAACGAAAAGAUGAUGAUAUUAUACGCAGCAAAUUUGUAUUUGCAAGAUUUUGCUCUCAAGAAAAUUGUUCUGCUAACUUGCAAAUUUCUGGAAAGCUUGCAUUUCCAAGGCCUCAUGAAAAGAAAUCUUACCUUGCAGUGGGAAAUAUGAAAACAUUAAUGUUAAAUGUCACUCUGUACAAUUCUGGUGAUGAUGCUUAUCAAGCUGCCCUCCACAUCCAGCUCCCUAAAGGGCUUUAUUUCACCAAAAUUCUAGACCAGGAAGAAACACAGAUAAAUUGUGAAGUGUCGGAAAAGGAAGAUCAUGCAGUGAGGCUGGACUGCAGCGUAGGGUAUUUAUAUGUAGAUCACCUAUCCAAGAUGGAUUUUAUUUUUGUGUUGGAUGCAAGCUCUCUUAGCAGGGCAGGAGAUGACCUCACCAUCAGUAUUAACACAACUUGUGAAAAUGAAGUGAGUAGCGACCUGCUGUUGGAUAACAGCUUAACUUUAACACUACCUCAGAAGCAUGAAGUGGAACUGAAUGCUCAUGGGUCUGUUACACCGACAUCAUUUGUUUAUGGGCCCAGUGAUGAAAACCCCCCUGUUACUUGCAUGAAGGAGAUGUUCAACUUCACUUUCCAUGUUAGUAAUCCCGGUCUAAGCUUGGCUCCUGCUGUAGACUUGAUGAUACAGAUUCCCAAUUCUUUUGUACCAAACAACAUCAAACUGUUUAAUAUUCUGGAUGUCAAGACAACUGUUGGACAGUGUAUCUAUCAAAAUCAUACCCGAGAAUGUACUUUACCAGAAAAAAAUGCAAAUAUGCUGCAAGAGCUUGUUACAUUCCUCACCAAACUUGACAAAAGACUGCUGUACUGCAUGAAAAAUGAUCCGUUCUGUUUGCAAAUACUUUGUAACUUUGGAGACAUGGAAAGUGGAAAAGAAGCAACUGUUCAAAUUCACCUAGAAGCAACUCCUUCACUGCUAGAGAUGGGUGAAGCUUCUACGCUUAUAUUUGAGAUAAAAGGGAAAGUUUCAGCAGAUCAGAACCCAAAAGUCAUUGAACUGUACAAGAGCAAGCAAAUAGCAUAUGUCAUUCUAGAGGGGCUUCAUAAUCAAAAGACAAAAACGAGUGUUACACUGCUCUUUAUUGGAAUGGGUUCAGUAGUUGGAAUUCUUUUGCUUUUAGUUCUUGCAUUUCUCUUAUGGAAGGUUGGUUUCUUUAAGAGAAAAUACAAACAUCUCCCUCAAGAACAAAAUGGAAGAGAGAGUUGGAGCUUCAUAAACAGUGACCCAAACGAUACCAAGGAUGAAUGACAAUUUGCUUGCUUAAUACAGACAUUUGACCAAAGAAUCUGUUAAUUGCAAGAAUCCUCAAGCCAAUCUAUACUCUUUGGAUUUAGCUGAGUGGAAGAUUGAUGGCAUCCUCAUAAGUGUCUUGAAAUACAAAUGUCUGAGGAAUAAUUGUGAUAGUGAGAUGAAUCAUCUCUGGCUUGAAGAGCAAAGAAAAACAGACUGAGUUUUAACACUAGAGAAAAAAAUCUUUUUGGUAAGUGGAAGAAUUUGACAAGGACUGCUCAUACUUGAACUUAAGAGCACAUUACCUCACAGCCAUUGUAAUCAGCUAAUCAGGUUAUAAAUAUAGCAAGCAAUGGUAUUAUAAACCAAUAUGGAACAUCAUAAUAAAAAUUAUUUUUAUUACUUUUUUCUUUCCACAUCAAAUAUACAUGAGCCAAGAUCCUGCACAGAGAGAAAUGUCAUGUAAUUGAUGUUGAGCAUCGACACCCCCCUCCCGGGUCAAAUUAAUAAUAAAAUUAUAUUGAUGGAACCAGGAGAAGCUGAAGAGAGCAAGAGCCUGGAGCCAUGUGGGAAUCAGUUCUGCAAGAGAUCAGAGAUAUGGAGGAGCCCAGCAGCAGCUACCAGCACCUUGGAUACAUUCUAUCCUCCCCUUUUUAUUACAAAACUAGCUUGGGUUAUUUGAGAAAGGCAUUGUUUUUCUAUGCUCCAAGUUUAGUCUAGAUCCAAUGUCAGCUGGGUUCAGUGGGUGUGGGUGAAUUACAACUCCCAUAUGCAAGUUCCAUCAUCCAUCCUCCUCCAAACCACACCAGUAUGUAGAGUAGGUCAUGGGGGCUCUGUUUGGUCUUGAUAAGUCAUUGGAUGAAGGUUGAAGUGAUCUCACGAAGUGAGUGAAGGUACUGUUAGUCCCAUUAUCCAUGGUCCAUCCUCCUCCAAACUGUACCAGGAUGUAGAGUGGGUCAUGGAGGCUCUGUGUGCCAAGUUUGGUCCUGAUCUGUCAUUUGUUUGGUUUGCAGUGGUCUCAGGAAGUUUGUGAAGUUACUGCAAGUCCUUUCAUCCAUGGUCUUUCCUCCUCAGAACUGCACCAGGAUGUAGAGUGGAUCAUAGGGGCUCUGUGUGCCAAGUUUGGUGUUGAUCAGUCAGUGGUGUGGGUCACAGUGGUCUCUUGAAGUGAGUGAAAGUACUGCAAAUCCCAUCAUCAAUGGCCCGUCAUCCCCUAAAACAUACCAGGAUGUAAAGUGGUUCAUGGGGACUCUGUGCCAAGUUUGGUCCUCAUCUGUCAUUGGUUUGGGCCACAGUGGUCUCAGGAAGUGAGUGAAGGUACUGCAUGUCCCAUCGUUCAUGGUGCAUCCUACCCGAAACCACACCAGGCUGUAGAGUGGGUCAUGGGGGCUCUGUGUGCCAAGUUUGGUCUUUAUCAGUCAUUAGUGUGGAUCACAAUGGUCUCAGGAAGUGAGUGAAGGUACUGCAAAUCCCAUUAUCCAUGUUCUGUCCUCCCCCAAACCUCACCAGGAUGUAGAGUGGGUCAUGGGGGAUCUGUGUGCCAAGUUUGGUCUUGAUCUGUCAUUGGUGGGGACCACAGUAGUCUGUGGGUGCCCAAGUAUUUUAAAGUACUACAGAUCCCAUAAUCCGUGGUCCACAUUCCCCAAACCACACCAAGAUGUAAAGUGGGUCAUUGGGUUUGUGUGUGCCAUGUUUGGCCCAGGUCCGUCGCUCGUGCAGGUCACAGUGGCCUGUGAAAGUGGCAGCCAAUCCGAAAGCUGCCACGUACAUACAAACAUUCACUUUUAUUAUAUGUAAAGAUAUAGAUAUAGAUAACCUUUUAAUAAAUGUGCACUAUGGUGCAUUAUCCUCUA